AUGCAAUUCAAGAAGUCUAUCGCUACCGCUGCUAUAACAGCCACCGCUCUCGCUGCCUAUGUCCCAGGUGAAGCUUGGUCUACUUUGACUCCAUCCGCCACCUACAAGGGUGGUAUCACCGACUACGCCUCCACCUUCGGUAUCGCUGUCGAACCAAUCGCUACUACCUCUUCCGCCGCCAACGCUAAGAGAGACGCUGUUUCUCAAAUCACUGACGGUCAAAUCCAAGCUACUACCAAGGCCACUGCUACUGUCUCUUCUAAGGCUAAGUCUACUGCUGCUGCCGUCUCUCAAAUCACUGACGGUCAAAUCCAAGCCACCACUAAGACCACUACCGCUUCUACCAAGACCACUGCCGCUGCUGUUUCUCAAAUCAAUGACGGUCAAAUUCAAGCUACUACAAAGACUCUAGCUCCAACUAAGACUACCGCUGCUGCUGUUUCUCAAAUUGGUGACGGUCAAAUCCAAGCUACCACUUCCACCAAGACCACCGCUGCUGCUGUUUCUCAAAUCGGUGACGGUCAAAUUCAAGCCACCACUAAGACUUCCACUGCCGCUGCCGUGUCUCAAAUAACAGAUGGUCAAAUUCAAGCCACUACACAAACCACUCAAGGUGCUUCCCAAGUAUCUGAUGGUCAAGUACAAGCCUCUGCCACUUCCACAGCUGAUUCUUCCGAUCCAGUGGAUGCAGUCUCCUGUAAGAACUCUGGUACUCUAGAAAUGAACUUGAAGGGCGGUGUACUAACGGAUGGUAAGGGUAGAAUCGGUUCCAUCGUUGCCAACAGACAAUUCCAAUUCGAUGGUCCACCACCACAAGCUGGUGCCAUCUACGCUGCUGGUUGGUCUAUCACUCCAGAAGGUAACUUGGCCAUCGGUGACAACGAUAUCUUCUACCAAUGUCUAUCGGGUAACUUCUACAACUUGUACGAUGAAACCCUUGGUGAACAAUGUAGUCAAGUCCAUCUACAAGCCAUUGACUUGGUCGAUUGUUAA